GAAGGGGCCUGUGAAUAGGUAGAUACCCCGCUCUCGGUUCUUCUAGACUCUACGCGUUGGGGUUCGCUUCCUUCUCCCCAUGUCACCCACAAAUACUUCCACUCUGGAAUCGUCCGUUGCCGAAAGCAAGAACACAUCGUCGACCCAGAAGCAUUUGCUCAAACACGCAAUCAUGCAGUCCGAACCCGGCAUUUUGACUCCAGCGAGUCGGUCCGACGAGGCCACGGAAGAAGCUAGCAAUGAAGGUCUGAUACACGCCUUUUUUACGAUGGUGCCGGCUGCCGGUGCGGUCAUGAUUGCCAUGCGAGAUCCUCGUUUCGUCAAGUGGACUAAUUGGCAAUCACGAACCGCCUUGGUUGUGAUGCCCACACUCUUCAUGUUCUCCUUCAGUGGGGAAUCGCGGCAUCUCGGCAAAAUGCGAGAAAUUGCCAAUGAAACCAAGCACAGUUCCGAAACGGUCCGCUGGGCCGAAGAUGCCCUCGAACAUAUUGAUGCACCCGUUAUGAAUCAUCGAGAAACCGAAGAACACUUGCUCAAAUUGUACCAAAAGUCGGUGAAAGAUUCCGGCGUGAAUAUAGUCCCCGGUGAUCAGCUUGGUAUACAUCACCGAAUUGCCAAUUACACAGCGGCCAAUCCGAUCAAGGUCCUCGCAACACUGGCCUUGCCCUCCGUGGCGUGGAUCUUUUACGGCAACACCGGUAAGCAGCAUUUGGACUUUUCCGUCAAAUUGAUGCACACGCGUGUCUUUGGUCAAUUCGCCACUAUUUCCAUUCUGUUGGGCGUCAUCGGAUUCAAAGAAUUUAUGGACUACAACGGACGCUUUAUCACCGAACGGGAGGCUAACGAUCGUGUGGAAGAGAUGCAGCAUGUUCGCCAGGCACUCAUGAGUCGACUGCACGCGGAUAAGGAGCAGGUGCAAGCGCAACAACAGAAAAUCAAAAGUGCUCACGAUCAGGAUGUGAAGAACCACGACGUUCACUCGAAAAAGAAAAAGGUCCAGAAGCAGUCUGAAACGCAGGAUGCAACGGAUCCCGUAGCGUCGACUGUCUAGAGAAGUUCACUAACCAUGUAGUAUUUGACUUUAAGAAAGUGA